CCGACGGAGUUCAUUUGGGAGCUGACGGAGGAGACGCCGGAGGGGCAUCUGCCAUUGACGAACGCCCUGCGAGGGACGCAGCUGAUGAGCAACAUUCUCAGCCAUCCCGCGUUCGAGGACGCCAUUGGAGGGGAACAAAACCUCGAAGAAGAAGAAAUUGCAGGGGACGACAAUGGCGGAUUCAAGAACAAGGGCUUGAAAUCGAUGAGCGAGAGGAUUUUCAAACGGGAUUACAGCUUCUGAAUUUGGGGAUUUUGAAGAAUACCCAUUGGAAUACGCAUCGAAUUGGCAAUUGGGUUGUUUCGAUUUGUGGUGAAUUCGGUUUCAUUUUGUUCUUCAGCGCUCUGGUUUUUGUUCCUCUUUCUCUCUCUAGAACACAGGGCAGUAAUGCUAGUGGUGGCAAGUAUAUUUUUAAAAAUAAUAAAAUGAAAUUUGUUGCUAA